CAACUACCAAACAGCCAGGUGGGCUGUUGGUGGGAUGACAAGCGCGUGAGGAAUAAAGAAGACAAAGGACUAUAAAUGGCGAGCUGUUAAGUCAGCACUCAGUGAAGCAGAUCGUGGGACAAUUAUUUCCCAAGCACAUAUUGAGUUAGAAUGCGAUGCAAGCGUACAAUCCCUCCAGACUUUUAGAUGCGAUAUGGUCUCAAUCAUCGCCAGACGACUGUUCCCUCAUCUACCUUAUCUGGUUUAGUCCCUCUGGGUGCGCGCGCCGAGCGCGUUGGUCAUGUGACCCAUGUCAACUGCUGUCAGCCCCGGUGGGCCACUCCAGCCUAUCACCGCCAUGUCUCCAAGAGCUCCCAUUAUCAUGAAACCGAUACAUGGUCUCCAGCUCAUCAUGAAGACUGCUGGAGCCUGGGGGUGAAUUGAUUUGACCCUAUCCGCCUCCGAUAAUUUCAGAAUGGAAGCCUUUACCUUUGCCGUCUCCACCCAGGUAGACUUUCCCAUCCACGUUAAGGUUGGCUCUCUAGAAGGAAAGCAGAAGGAAAUCCCAUUUUCAGUCCUUCUCAAACGGCCGGAUCUUCGUCAUCUUGGGUCCGCGCAAAACCCUCACUCCGAUCUCUUCGUCACCGUGCAAUUAUGGUCCGAAUCUAAACCACUGGGGGUACCUUUACAAACCCCAUACAAGGCAUUCAAAUCCUCUCGAUCAUGGAACGAAUGGUUGCAGAUGCCUGUCUCGAUUAAGGAUGCCCCUCUCAGGAGUCAACUAGCCAUCACAGUUUGGGACUUGUCUCCGUUCGGCGGGGAGGGGGCCCAUGGCCAUUACGUACCAUUUGGCGGAACCACAAUCUCACUCUUUGACACGGACGGAAAGUUGAGAAUGGGCAGGCAAAAGUGUAAGCUGUACCGCAAUCGAGCUGCGGAUGGGUUCUCUUCAACCACCACUCCAUCGACCCCGUUACCCAAGCGUCGGAAAGCAAGUGCCCGCGAUCCGCUGGCUCCGUCGUCGGAAGAGCUAGAGUUGGAAAGGGUUGAGGUUCUAAUCAAAAAGCACGAGAUGGGAGAAUUGCCACGCAUCGAUUGGAUGGAUCAGAUGGUCUUCCGACAGUUAGAGAAACUGAAGCUCAAUGCUGAAGAGGCUGGGAGGAAACGAGCCAUUCGCAUGAAGGCAAUAAAAAACAGAAGCUCUGAUGGCCGGAUGGAAGAUGGGGAGAAUUCUGAUGAAGACACGGUAGAGGAUGAGGACUUCACCCUCUAUGUUGAAUUUCCUCGGUUUGAUCAUCCUGUCGUCUGGGCUGACCACGAGUACCCAGCGCCGCCAAUAACGUCAUCUUCUCAGAAUCCUCCCAUGAAUACCAACGCUCCGCUCAAGCCCCUUCCAGAAGUCCGCUUCGGCCCCGGCAUUGAAGGUGCUGACGGUAGUGGUGUUAUAAGGAUAUACGACCCCGAAGUCGGACAAACAGGCAACCCAUGCGAGGACAAGCACAGACGACUGAUUCGGAGCACCCGCACGGGCAUAAUGGAUCGUGAUCUGAAGCCGAACCCUAAAAUUCGCGAUGAACUCAAUGUGAUCCUGUCAUAUGAACCCACGCAAGAUCUAACAGCAGAGGAGAAGGAUCUGGUAUGGCGCUUUCGGUAUUAUCUGACGCGCGAAAAGCGGGCACUUACCAAGUUUGUCAAAUCGGUCAAUUGGCGUGAUGUCGGCGAAGCGCACCAGGCGGUUGAGAUUCUGCCCAAAUGGACGGAGAUCGAUGUGGAUGACGCACUCGAGUUAUUAGGUCCGACAUUCGACAACCCGGCGGUUCGUUCAUAUGCAGUGGAGAGACUCCGCAAAGCUGACGACGAGGAAUUGCUGCUCUACCUUUUGCAACUUGUACAGGCCCUGAAAUACGAAGAAAACCCUGAAGGCUCCGCUGAGAAUGCUGCCCAUGAUUCUUCGCUCGCUAAUUUCCUCGUUGCGCGCGCCGCCAACAACUUCAAGUUAGGCAGCUAUCUACACUGGUACUUGAUGGUCGAAUGCGACGAUACAGGACCAGGUACAUUGUCCGCGCAACGCAGACUAUUCGCGAGGGUGGAGUAUUAUUUCAUGACAGAAUUGGAGAAAGUACAACCAGAGCAUCGCAAGACGCUGCUGCGACAAGGCGAGCUAGUCGUCAUACUCACAAAGAUAGCGAAAGACGUCCGGUUUUCCCGCGAGAACCGUGUUGUCAAAAUCGAGAAACUCAAAAAAUACCUCAAAGAUCCUAAGCACGAAUUGCUACAGAUUGAUCCUCCCUUACCACUUCCCCUCGACCCUGAGGUCAUGGUCACAGGGUGUUACCCCGACGGUGCCAACGUCUUCAAAUCGUCUCUCUCGCCACUUCAGAUCGUCUUCAAAACGGCCGACGGCCGCAAAUACCCCAUUCUAUUUAAGGUCGGCGAUGACCUACGGCAGGACCAACUGGUCAUCCAGAUCAUCAUCCUCAUGGACCGUCUCCUCCAAAAAGAAAAUCUCGAUCUCAAACUCACCCCCUACCGCAUUCUUGCCACCAACGCCACAGCUGGCGCCGUGCAGUUCAUUCCCUCAGCCUCCCUAUCCGCCAUUUCCGCCAAAUACAAAUCCGUGCUCGCUUACUUGAAAGACAAUAACCCGGACGACAAUGAACCACUUGGUGUCCGCAAGGAAACCAUGGACACCUACAUCAAAUCCUGCGCCGGGUACUGCGUAAUCACCUACCUUCUCGGCGUUGGCGACCGCCAUCUGGAGAACCUGCUUCUUGCCCCGGAUGGACACUUUUUCCACGCGGACUUUGGCUUCAUCCUCGGCCGCGAUCCGAAGCCCUUUGCUCCGAUGAUGAAACUCUGCAAAGAGAUGGUCGAAGGCAUGGGCGGCACCACUUCCCCGCUGUACCUCCAAUUCAAGCAAUACUGCUUCACAGCUUACACCACGCUCCGCAAAUCUGCUAACCUCAUUCUUAACUUGUUCAGUCUGAUGGUUGAUGCCAACAUUCCAGACAUUCGGGUCGAACCUGAUAAGGCGGUUCUCAAAGUCAAGGAGCGUUUCCAUCUCGAGAUGACCGAGGAAGAAGCAAUUCGGCACUUCGAACAACUUAUUGGGGAUAGUGUUAACGCGCUCUUUGGGGUGGUGAUUGAUCGGCUACAUGAGUUUGUGCAAGGAUGGAGAGCCUGAAUCUAGCCCGCAAAUCAUUUCCCCCGUCUGUCUUAGGAUAUGUUUGAGUCGCUCUGU